CGGACCUCCCGUUCAGGAUAUGGUUCCGGGGACUUCAACAUCAUAACGAUUCCGCGCUCUUCUUCCACUGCAAGUAGCAGUGAGUGGCUUUGCGUGAGCUGCGAUCAUGAUACUCGAGCAAUAGUAUCCUUAGCCUCACAUCUCGUUAUCAAAGUCAAGAAGAAUUAGUUGCACAGAGAACUUCAUCUUCAUCGACAUAAAACAGAAGAGGAUUCUUAUCUUCUUGAUGUUCGAAAAAUAACAAAAAGAUGGGUGUCGUUGCGAUGGAUCCCGUACCCUUCACGAUUGCUGCUCCUGGGGAUAGCGGUGAAGAGGAAUCUUAUGUGCUUCGACAACUAGGUCCGGACGACUUCGCCAAGGGAUUUAAGGACCUUCUAGCACAAUUGUCGGACCCCGGCGACCUAGAUGACGAGAAGUAAUAGAUAUAUUUUGACUCACGGCAACGACGAAUAAGCAAAUAGCGAAAUAAUCUAUAAAAAGCUAUGUGACCUCUGACUCCACCGUCUUGCACGUCGUGAUGCCUCCACCUUGUCCUUGAUUGAUUCAAACUUUAUUAAAGGUUUCGCGCCCUGCUGUCCGUCACAAAUACUAGGGUUUUGGUCGUCGAAGACAUCGCAGGCGGCCGCAUCGUUUGUUCGGCGGCAUUGCUAGUAGAACAAAAAUUUCUUAGGGGCGGAAAAAAAGUGGGGCACGUAGAAGAUGUGGUCACGCACACAAAUUUCAGACGACGAGGUCUAGCAAAGCGAAUCAUCAUGAAAUUGCUAGACAUGGCGGAGGCGGAAGAUUGCUACAAGGUUAUCCUAGACUGCACCGAGGACAACAGCGCAGUGUACAAAAAGAUGCAGUUUUUCUCAACAGGUGAGAUACAGAUGCGGGUGAAUCUUCCAAGGCCGAAGUAACUAUACUUCUUGCAAGAGCUGUAGACCGACUGAUUGAAGCAAGAACGACAGUUUUCACGACGGUUAGUGUGCUACGAUAUCAACCUUACUCAGUGUAUCAAAAUUGUGGAAGUCCUGGGGUGGCUUUUUCGUCCGUCUUUAGAAUUAAAGAUCAUGUUUGCGUUAAACGUCACGCUUCAGAAAAAAGAGCCGGGAGAUUACCUUGUGCAAGCAGCAUGAGAGUAGGCAUAUUUAUUAG